AUGGAUCAAAUUCGGGUGGGUCUUCCUGAAGUGAUUCUGUUGAAAUGGCAGAUUAGCAUAGCCUACACACAAAAGACAACUUUUCAAUCUAACAUUGCUCAUCAUCUCUCUACUCUCCUUAUUCCCUUGCAUGUCAAGCACAUCCUGCGGCUCUCCUCGAAUACGACCUCCUUGGCCUACCACCUGUCCACCCAUCUGCGCAUCAAUGGCGUUUACUGGGGGCUUAUGGCGCUUGAGCUGAUGGGUAGGGGGGAGGAGCUCAAGGAGGACGAGCUCGUCGACUUUGUGAUGAGCUGCUGGGACAAAGAGAGCGGCGGCUUCGGUUCUUUUCCCAAACACGAUGCUCACCUGCUGAGUACAUGCUCGGCAAUCCAGAUUCUGGUGAUCAAGGACCGGUUAGAGGCAGUGGACAAGAAGAAGGUUGCGGAUUUCGUCCUGUCUUUGCAGAACCCAACCUCGAAUCUCUUCUUUGGCGACUCGUCGCAACUGGAAGAGGACAGUCGCUUCUCCUACUGCGCCACUCUUACUCUCUCUUUACUUGGCGCUCUACACCGGCUAGAUCGGACCCGGACAAUAGCGGGCAUCAUUGCCUGUUCCAACUUCGACGGCGGAUUUGGCUGGGUGGAAGGGUCCGAGUCUCACGCAGGCGGCGCAUUCGUCUGCGUCGCCUCUCUCGCCAUUCUCGACGCUCUGCCACCUCGCCAAGGAGAAGGAGAGGGAGACGCUGCACUGUCCAGCUGGCUCAGUGAGCGACAGCUGCCCAAUGGAGGUCUAAAUGGCCGACCACAGAAGCUCGAGGAUGUGUGCUAUUCAUGGUGGGUGCUUAGUGCCCUCUCCAUCCUCGGCAGACUGCAUUGGAUCGACGCUGGGAAGCUGGUCAAGUUCAUCUUGAGCGCUCAGGAUCCCGACUCUGGCGGCAUCGCUGAUCGGCCUGACAACGUCUCCGACGUCUUUCACACCUUCUUCGGCCUGGCGGGCCUCUCGCUGUUAGGUUUCCGCGGGCUAGGGAGCCCCCAGGAGACACAAGGGCGGAGAGUGGACCCCAUCUACGCCCUUCCGGAGAGGACGGUGGACCGGUUGAAUAUUCAUAGGCCAUACCAGAGAUUAUAA